GAAGAAGAACGUCAACAACAUUAAAAUUGCAUUUCAUCAUAUAGUGAGUUUAUUUCGGAUUGCUCAUAUAGUUUAAUAAAAAUUUUAUUAAUUGGUUGAAUAGUUGGUAGAUGAUUGAAUAGUGUUGAUAAUACAAAGGUCGGUGAAACCGUUAGCGUGAAGUAAAAUCUUUGCUAAAAACGUCGUCGAAGGCCAUAUUCAACAAAGCGAAUAACUGAAUUGUACAAACAAAGUUUGUAGAAGGAAACGAGAUCUAGGAAGGAUUCGAUAUUGUGAAAAAAGGAAAGAGGAUACUAUUUGAGUAUGUAUAAAAAAAACAAAUGAAAUUAUUGUUAAACUGAAAUAAAAUUACUUACAGUUUUUGAGCUGCUUCUAAAAGUUGCUGCAAAAGAUAGUUUCUGGUUCAUCCGAACAAACUCAAAAAUCAAAUAUUGAGAUUUCGGAGAACCUCAAUCACGAUGAGCGAAUCGAACCUGGAUUUCACCAUGACACCGUGCGAAGCCUGUGGGGAAAUAUCGACGCAGAAUGAGGAGAUGAUUGCUUGUGAUAACUGUGAGCGAUGGUAUCACACUCGUUGUGUAGAUGUUACGGCGGCAGACAAAAAAGGUAAGAAAUGGUUCUGUCCUGAAGAUGUCUGCCAAGCGGCUUCCCAAGACUACCAGAAACGGAAGAAAAUGUCACGGUCGAAGAAUAACGCGGAAGAUUCGGAUAGUUUGACUACGAAAUCCGGAGAGCGUCAACAUCCGCCAGUAUCUCCUUCCUUGCAAAAUAAAAUCAAAGAAAUGGAAGUGGAGAAAAAGCGUUUGGAAGAAGAAAUGGACGCAGAAUAUUUACUGAAGGUAAAGGAACUCGAAUUAAGAUAAUCCAUGCGAGAGAAAAAAAUACGUUUAGAAAGAGACUUGCGUGAAAGGGAGCUGCAGUAUGAUAGAGAGCUUCGUGAGAAGGAAAUCAAAGAAACAAAGUCUCAACAUCGUAGAGAACUUCAGGAAUAGAAGGAUCAUUUAUGCCGUCUGAAGAAGAUACAAGAUCUUCACGAAGCAGAAAUGUCGUUUGUAAAAGAGCAAUUAGAAAAGGUAAAAUUGGAGAACAGUGGAAAAACGCAGAAAUCUUCGGUUGAUCCACGACAAAGUUCUUCUAAAUUGCAAGGGCGGAAAGGUACGCCAUCGCGUAGUCCGGCGCUUGACAGUAAAAAUCUAACGGUCGAAAAUGAGAUGUCAGAUGAAAAUAAUGAUGACAUUGAUGAUGAAAAUAACCAGUCAGGACGCUCGGAUAGCGAAUCGAAUAGCGAAGCGGGUUGUGAAGCUGGCGGCGAAGCGGAUAGCAAUAGCGAAUACAACGUCGGAAAUGGGGACACAGUGCCCGACGGAUUUCCAAACGGACUGGGGCCACAGCGUACUGGACCAAGUAGGGCUCAAUUGACCGCGCGUAAUGGGCUUACCAAAAAGCUUCCUGUUUUCUCAGGAAGACCUGAAGAGUGGCCACUGUUUUUCGGAGCAUAUCAAGCGUCCAACGAAGCGUGCGGAUUCUCCGACGUAGAAAAUCUGGUGAGACUUCAGGAGUGUUUGAAAGGACAAGCUCUGGAGUGUGUUCGUGGUCAGCUUCUUCUUCCAAAAUCGAUUCCCGGAGUGAUAGCAAAACUCCGUCAGCUUUACGGACGUCCUGAACAGUUACUGCAAAGUCAUUUAGAGAAAGUGCGAAAGCUUGAACCGCCAAGAUCUGACAAGUUGGCCAGUUUCAUACCGUUCGGAAAUACAGUCGAGCAACUAUGCGAACACUUGGAAGCGGCGGAUCUUUCACAACAUAUGGUGAAUCCGAUCCUCAUCCAAGAUCUAGUAAGCAAGCUGCCGGAUGGGGAAAAGCGACAAUGGGUACAGUAUAAAAGGAAGAAGAACACUGUAAUGCUUCGAACGUUCACAAAUUUCCUUUCGAGGAUCGUGACAGACGCUUGUGAAGCAAAUGUAACCUACGAAUACAAACCGGAGGUAAGAACUACUGCUGGGACAAGCGGAAGAACAAAAGCGAAGGAAAAAGCUGCGCUCUUCAGUCAUAGCGAAGUACAGAGUUCUAGUUCAAACGGAUCUGAUAGGAAACAACAAAGGCCGUGUAGGGUAUGCCAGCGUACGGAUCAUCGUCUGCGGUUUUGCCAAGACUUUCAAAAUUUGCACUUUGCGGAACGCUUGAAAAUUGUAACAAAAUGGAAACUUUGCAAGAUUUGUCUUAAUGAACACGGUGGACAAUGUCGUUUCAAGAUUCGUUGCAACGUCGGUGACUGUAAAGAACAGCACAAUCCGUUGAUUCAUCCAAGCUCGGGCGCCGUUGGAAUGAGUGCGCACAUUAUAUCGAGCAGUACGGUAAUGUUCCGAAUGGUUCCGGUGCAAGUGCAUUGCGGACGCAAAUCGGUAAUCGUUCUCGCUUUCUUGGAUGAAGGUACCUCAGUAACUUUGAUCGAAAGCAAGUUGGCAGAUCGCUUAGGGCUUUCAGGGGUACAGGAAAAACUCACUAUUAAGUGGACUGCAGAGGUUACGCGAGUGGAGAAAGCAUCGAGGCGAAUGAACGUCUGGGCUUCCGUUGUUGGAGCGAGAAAUCAAGGGAAGCUGUUACUGCAAACGGUUCGUACAGUCGAAAGAAUGAUGUUGCCUCAUCAAACGCUAAACGCGAUGCAGUUGGCGUCGAAGUACGAGCACUUACGUGGUUUGCCAAUCGAAUCCUACGAUGGUAGGCCGUAACU